UCUAUGAAUCAGGGUUUUCAGUACGUUACAAAUAUUAAUUUAAACAGUAUAAAUAACUAAAGGCAACAUAAUCAGAGUGCGGUCCGCAAAUAAAUCCGAUAACUUCGUUAUAUUAAGAAUUUACAGUAUGUACCUAGUGUAGUGUUUGUUAUCUGUUAUGUCAGCUACUUUUGUUCCUCCUGAACAACACAACGGAUUUAAUUUCAGAACUUUCCCCUGAUAUAAUGUUCGGCAAAUGAAUAAAUAUGAGGCUCAUAAUCAAAUGCGCGUGGAGUAUUGGGCUCAUCUUCCAAUUGGUAAACGGUGAAGAAUUCGAUUGUCCCCAGAAUUGCACGUGUAAUUCUCAUGAACUGUCAACAACUUGUCAUCAUAACGGACUCGUGGAUUUACCCAACGGAAUACAUCUGCGGGUAUCUCGACUUGAUCUAUCAUUCAACGAGUUUACAAGCAUUCCCUUAACUAUUUCAACUUACAAAGAACUUCAUCAUCUAAAUAUGUCUCACAAUAAACUGUUGUAUAUAGAAGAGAAAUCUUUCCAAACUUUAAACGGUUUGGAGGUAUUGGACUUGUCGCAUAAUUUAUUUAAAUAUUGGCUAGAUAUAAAUAAAGCGGCAUUAAUCAACUUACCCUCGCUGUACAACUUAAAUCUGUCCCACAAUCCACUACAAGGAUUUUCUGAUAUCUUUCUCCACCAGCCAUUACGAAGUAAUUCACUGCAAACUCUGCUUUUAAUUAACUGUUCCAUAACGAAUAUAUCAGACGAUCUUCUUUUGGGAUUUCCCAACUUGAAAACAUUAAUGUUGUCAAAUAAUCCUUUACUUGCGCUUACCGCGCGACUCAAAUCGGAUACUCUACAACAUUUAGACCUUUCUAAUUGUAACUUGCAACGAAUGCAUCCAGAUGGAAUCUCCAGCCUUACGAGUUUAGAAUAUUUGUCGCUGGCUGAAAAUUACGGACUUAAGAAAUACAGUUCAAGAUCGAAAUCGUUGAAACACCUAGACUUGUCCCACUGCAACCUAGAGACCGUGCCGUCAGUCAGUUUGCCAAACUUAACGGGCCUAAUUUUAAAAGGAAAUCAUCUACGUCAUAUUCCCGCAAAUACGUUCCUAAACUGUCCCGGGUUGAAGAACGUUGACCUUUCCAGUAACACAAUUAAGAAAAUCGACGUGUUCGCCUUUAAACCUCUCAAACACGUCCAUAACGUAGACCUUUCGCUCAAUACAAUAAGAGAUAUACCGAGUGCGACAUUCAAUAGCAAUAAACAACUGACAAAGCUCGAUUUAUCUAGAAACUAUUUGGAUACUGUCGUUCAACUAUCCAGUGAUUCCCUAAAGUGGUUGGAUUUGAGUGUUUGUGAAAUUCAGCACAUCGAUUCGCAGAGCUUGGUGUUGUUGCCUAAGUUACAGACCCUAAAUUUAUCCCGUAACCUGAUCGCCUCCAUACCGGAUAAACUGAGUGCCAAAUCUCUUCGAGUUCUGGAUUUGAGCAGGUGUGGAAUUUUUUCUUUAAACAUCUUGACAUUGAGUGCGCUACCUAGUUUGCGAUCUGUUAACUUGAGUGGGAAUCGUUUAACGUCAGGAUUAAAACCUUCAUUCUUCCAUCGUGUUUCAGAGUUGAAUUUGGAAGAUAACUCCUGGAUUUGUGACUGUAAAUCUCAGGAGUUUUUGGAGUUUUACCGUUGGUUGCAAUACAGCGUUACUUCAAGUAAUAGUUUGCGGUGUAGAUCACCCGAAAACGUUGCGGGGUAUACAUGGGAAAAUGCUUGCAAUCAAAUCUGGCGUCCCGGUGAAAACGGAAAUGUGAAGGGAACAUGGAUGUAUGUGUGGGCAAUCAUUGCACUGUCAACGGUAUUAUGCUGUCUCGCGAUAGGAAUAAGAAACGUCCGUCGACGCCGGCGUACAGCUCGGGAUCAAGAGGUCCGAGAAGCCGAAAGGCAGGAAGAGCAAGAACGACUCAGACAAAUUCACGAACGCAACCUUCAUUACAGUACCGAGUACGUAGACAGAAAUGCUCCAGAUCCUAGAGAAUUACAAUCGCCCCCUUCGUACGUCGAAGCAAUGUCAAUGCCGAGGCCAAUUUUAAGUGUCUCUUGUAGUAACCUACGCGGAAGUCAACACAGUUUGCGUUCCAUACAGUCUUACCAUAACGAGAAUUCUCGGAAAACCAAGGUGCGUAGGAAACGGCGAAGAAACAACAGGCAGGGAAGCCGAUCUAAUAUUUCAGAAACCCAAUCGGUCGCAUCGAUUUCUCAUGGAAAUACCGAGACUCGAAUUCAAAAUGAUCCACAGUUUGCUUCGGGCAAUAACCAUUUUUUUGAAAGAGAAAGAGGACCAAGUUAAAUUGUCGACUGAAAUACUCUAUACCAAUUUAAAAAACGUUUGUAAGAAAAUAUGAUACGGAA